GAAGCGAUCGAUCUGGUCCGUCGCAAGACAAGAAUUUCCGAUCCGCUCGGUUUGCCCACGGUGCGGUGGAAGAAACACAAAACGGAACGGAACAGAACAGAAUAAAACAGAACAGAAUAAAACAGAACAGAAUAAAACAGAAACCUCUUUGUUCGAACAGGAUCUGAUUCGAUUCGAGACGAGUCGCUCCCAGAGCACAAACCGGGAAAAGACGAAUGCGAGCCGCCGCCGCGGCAGCGGCCACCGCAUCCUUCGUGGUGGUGGUGGUGGUUUCAACGUCAACGUCCGCAUCCGCAUCGCCCCAUUCCUCCCAGGGGUUCCCGGGCACCAUCCAGCAGCCUCCCCCACCGUACACGGCAAGGCUUCCUCCGACGGACGAACACGAACACGAACACGAACACGAACACGACGAUGGAAACACCGACGAUGGAAACACCGACGAUGGAAACACCGACGACGAUCCCGGCGAGGGAGAAUCCUCUUCGGAUUGGGACGACGCCCUGAUCAUGGAGGAAGAUCCACUGGCCUUUGUCGUGGAUUCCUCUCGAAUCUACUCCCCCUCCUCGAGCGACGAGGUCGAGGUAGAGAUCGAGGGCGAGGGCGACAGCGAAGGCAGCCAGAACGGAAGUCCCUCGCCAACAAAGGAGCAGGAACGGGGACCGGGGGAGGAAGCAACGCAAGAGAAAGAAUCCGAACCUGAACCAGAAGCUGAACCAGAAACAGAGCGAGAUCGAGAUCGAGAUCGAGACCCCCUGCCCCGGGAAGGAGCCGCCACGGCCACGGCCGCAGCGGCAAGCGAGGGCCGCGGGGAUUCGGGAGCCCCCGGGACCGAACCCCCGCGGGGGGCUUUUUCGUCUUCUUCCGCUCGCGCUCUUCCACCGCCGGACCUGCCAAUUCCGGCCUCCCGCGCCGGCGAUUCAUCGGUGCCCGGGAGUCGGAACGAGGAACCAGGACCCGAACACGAACACGAAGGCAAACGCAAACGCAAACUCGAACCAGCAGGGGACGCGACACCGAACCCGAACCCACCGGCCGAUCCCCCGAGCGGUGUCCCGAUCGCGCCGGAGGGCGAAGCAGAGCCGGGGCCGCACGAGCCGCAAGGCAGUACCGGCAAAGGGAGGCGACCGGGGUCCUCGUCGUCCUCGUCGUCGUCGUCGGCGGCGGGAUCGAUGGCCAACCGUUCGAACACAAAGGCCCGUGGCCACUACUACGACCGCAAUCGCCCCUCGAACCAAAAGCCCCUGAAAACCCUUGAAAAACUCCAGCAGCUCCUGGACGAAACAGAUUACAUCACGUCGUCGUCAUCAUCGUCAUCGUCAUCAACGUCGUCUCCCUCCUCUGCUUCGGGAACCGCCGGAUCAGGAAGCUCGUCCAACGAAACCGCUCCCCCGGAUUCCCUCUGGACCAGCAAGGAUCGGAUCAAGUACAAAAAGCAGCAGCGGCUGCAAAAAGAACAAAUCCGAUUGAAGCAGCAGCAAGAGGAGCAAUACCUCCGGCAGCAGCAGCAGCAGCAGCAGCAGCAACAACAACAACAGCCGUCGUCAACGACAACGCUUCCCUACCUCCUCUCGGAAACCGAAGAGUUUUCGGACACCGACGACGGGCUGGGAUUCACGCUUCCCAAUCUACCCAUCUAUCUCAGCGACGGGGAGGAAGACACGGACGAAGGCCACCUUUUGUCGCCUUUGGCCCAAGAGCCCGGAAGCCUUUUCCAUGCCGGAUCCUCCGUAUCGCCCCGGACUUCCGCGGCUUCCCAACCGCCACAGCCGACGGCCUUUGCUCAGCAGCAACAUCAGCAUCAGCAUCAGCAGCAAUACCUGCAGCAGCAGCGAGAGAUCUUCUUGGCGCAGCAGGAGCGGCAGAGACAGGAGCACCCUCGGCAGCAGCAGCAGCAGCAGCAGCAGCAGUCACAAUUAACUCCACUGCACCAAUACCAAUAUUACGGAGCGGGGGGGGGCUAUCCCCCUCCGCCACCACCAGGUUACUAUCCCUAUCCUCCACCACCGCUGCCACAGUACUACAAUGGUCACCCGCAGCAACAAUACCACCAUCCAUCGUCGCCAUUUUUUGGGUACCGAGGCAAUCUUCCCAGGGUAGAGCCGACGGUCCCCAACAGGAACCAUCCGAAGCAUCCAUCGCAGCAGUGGAUAUCCUCGUCCACCGAACCGAAUGGCGCCAGCACACAAGAGGAACACACGCACAUGAACAUGCACAUGCACGGACCACCGCAGGCACACCAGCGACAAGGCAACGAAGAUUCCCUGGACGGAUCCACCAACCGGUCGCAAGAAGGAAGUUCGGUGUCACCCGGCCACGCCACGGAUUCUUCCAAACCGAACAACAACGAAGCCAACAAUCCACCCCUGGGAACCGUAUACAACGAUCCAUACUACGGCAAUCUGCAAUCCUCGUCCCCUGAACUGCAGCAACAAGAAAAGCAGUGGCAUCUCCGGCAGCUCCAGAUCUUGCAGGCCCAAGAAAAGUACCAGCGCAAGCUUCGCCUGAAGCAAAACAAGCUCGCACUCGCAACGGGCCUGAAAUCCUUUGUUACGUUUCUGGUCCGGACCCUCGAUUCGUUCCGCAAGGUCUCCACCUGCCUGUGCCUCGUCGCGGUGACCUGCUAUUCGGCCGUCUCGCCCCGGAACCUCCCGUACAUCGAGUACAACCAAAGGUUCUACGAAAACCUGAAACUGGUGGCACUGGUGGUUCUCCCGCCCACGAUCGGAUACGGCUGGCUGGUGGUGGAUUGGAACCAGGUGGGCUCCAUGGUGGACCGCGGCCGCAACCGAUGGGCGGCGUUUCCUCAAGCCGCAGCGACCACGACCCUUCCUCCGGCGGCUCUUGCGAAUGAAAGCAUCCCCGACGCUCCGGCUCCCACUACCGACCGGUCCGUGGUUCGGCCGUCGUCGAUCGGAGCGGCGGUCCACGCGCUGAUUCAUUCGUUUUACUCCUCCUUUGUCUUUGGAUACCUCUGGAUCUUUGUUCUGGAAAUUGUCUGGACGACCCUGCUGCGGCUGGCAAUCUUUCUGGCGUGGGAACCCGACAUGCUGGGGGCGAAGGUCCCGUGGUCCCCAUCGGCCUCGGUGCCCGCCCCGGAUCCUUCGGGCACCGAAGGUGGCAGCGGCGGGAACCCCAUCCCCUCGGUGUGGAUCCUGCCCUGGGUGCUGAGGGAAUACAAGUACCGGCCCAAGCGAAUCACGCUGCUGGCGGCCGACAUUCUGACGUCGUGCGUGGCCUGUCCGAUCAUCGAGGAAUUUGUGAAACUGCGGUUGCUCCAGUGGACCAUGCCCCUUUCCAAGUAAGCAGACGAACGAACGUUUCGAACGAAGGACUUGGCUUGGACUUGGACGAGCAGCCGGGUCUCGUUUGUUUUGCGCCAUUCUCACGCUGGCUUUGCGACCAAUUUCCUUGUUUUGUUUUGUUUUGUUUUGUUUUGCUCUGCUCGUGUUUUCGAAAGGAAUUUUUCCUGGGUCAAGAGAUGCUCCAAGCAUCACCCGAAGAAACAGAAGAAGAAAAUGAUAGCCGAGCCCAUCGAGUCUCUGGACGAGGCGGACGAAGUGCCGUCUGCCCAGGCCCCCGCGAACCAGCCCCCGAACGGAGUUGGGAAUAUCGACGGGAACGUCACCAACAUCAAUCCGUACGUUGCGGGCAUGGUGGUGGUGAGCCUGGGAAUCAAGUGGGCAGACGCCAUACGGAGGGUGUGCAUGUACACCAAGGCGGAAGACGAGCGCAAGGGGGUCUACGCCUUUUUGCGGGGGAUCUUUCCCGUCCAGGAAUUGUGUGGUAUCAUGACGGCCCUGCGGCUGGCGCGGAGGGACGUCCUGGGCCAAAAGAUGCCGCUCUGGAACCUUUUGCUGCCGGCGGUAAUCGUCCACGGCAUGGCGAACCUACGGGGGACGAAGCCCGUCUUCAAGUGGAACUCGUCCACCCCCUGGGCCGAGAUGCAGCUCUCUCCCGACCUCUUCCCGGGCCUGUUUUCGCCCAGCACGCUGUCCUCCAUGGAGGAAAGCGGUUCCAUCGCCCCGCUGCCGACCACCAAUCUCGAAUGGCUAGGCAGGGCCUUUCCGAAGAUCAUGUGGGUCGUUAUCCUCUUUCGUGUGACCGGGUAUUGCGUGAAGAAUUACUUCAUGAUCAACCGGCAAGCGACGAAGCGAGCCACAACGUAUGCGGGGAAGCACGCUGCCUUUUCCGCCGAGCUGGAAACCGCCGCAAAACUCAAAACCACCAAGGACAAAUGAACCAAUCCAGCACAUCAACAC